AUGGGCUUCAGUCUCAAAAAGAAAACCGCAACAGCUCAGUGGGAAUUUGAAAAGGAACAACAACGGGCUGAGUUUGACAAACGUGAACUACAGACUAGUCUGAGUCGUUCGAGGCCCAUUCAAGACUCUACCUCGCUCGCAUAUCCACCUCCAGCACCUCAUUUAUCCCAAAAAGUUCCACAGAACUUCGGCGCUCCCCCAACCCCUGAGUUUCUAAGCGGCAUAGCCGUCUGCGUCCUCAAUGCGGGACGAUUCGAGAGGCAGGAAUCAGGGAGCGACGUAUUCGACUGCGUGGCUGUAGCAGCACAAUUCGGGGUUGAUCUCCUGCACAGUUACCCAGGAUUCAAAGCGUUGACAAAGACAGGAGCCCAGAUUCUGAUGAGAGCCAGUUCCCGCAACAUACGAUGCAGGGACCCUACCCAGGCUCCAAGUCACGCUGCUGACUAUCUGAGGCGCGUUACAGAUGCAUUUCCGGUCAUUGCAGUGCAUAACUUGAAGGCCAUGAACGCGAGAACCAACAAGGGUCGAUGGGAAGUUCCGCAAGAUAGAAUGUUUCCACCUCACCACGCAGCGGUUAUCGAACUGAAUCUAAACCUCGUAAAUAGGUUGGUAGAGGCACGCAACAGUGUUCGUCGUCAGCGUAAUGACCAGAAUGCGUGGGAGCGGUUGCACACCUUGGUGUUCAGGAUCGGUGUCACUAUAGCCCAUGAACUGUGUCAUGUCUUUACGAGUUACCUUUUAUACAAUGAAAGGCAGCAUACGCCAAAGGAGGUUACAUACGCCGCGGAGUACAGCUCCGAUACCAUAGGAGAAUCCGGCCGAUUCUGGGAAUCAGAGACGUUCGGCGGCUACGUCGACAUGCGACAAGGCUCUCAAAUCGAAAGAGUUGCAAUCAGACACGGCACACGCACCCUCUCCAACGUCAUGAUCAUUCCCCCCAGUUUCUGCAGAACAAUGCUAAAAAGAGGCAAGUAUUCGAUCCCUCCCCGUCCUCAAGACCCAUCUACAUCAUAA